GCUCCGGAGCUGAUCGGUCAGCGCCAGGACCGAGAGCCGCAGGGCCAGGGCAGCAUGUUUACAGACACAUACACUGCUAAUUACAACCCUUAGCUACAACGUUUCCUUUCACAGUUUCCUGGAUACAUUCUCGAAGUCUUUUGGGGAAGAUGUUGUGUCGUUUGGUGAAGCCACUGGGAAAGACUUUCAUGACGCACGGAUCGUCUUCAUUUCAAGUCCCAGCAAAUAUACUGAGAAACGUCACUUUGACAUUACACAAGGUGCACACGCUGCACACGAACAGGGCUUUGUGUCGAACUGCGCUCACUGGACACGUAACGAAUGUAAAUGACGCGAAAGGACAAGAAAACGACAUAUAUUUGACCCAAAAGCGGGACACGUCGUGUGGUUUUACAUCAGACUGGCAGCACUGGGACAGAAUAGCUACAAUUGCUACGUGUCUUUCUAGUGUACAAAGUCGAGGCGGGAGAGGACAUAUCCUUACGCCUCAAUCCAGCUCAGAUCACGGGCUUCACGUUACGAGGAACAGGCUCGAGAGUAAUGUGUUUAUUCCAGGGCCUUUUAUUCGACACUGCUCCUUCGAAACCAUGCAGACCAGAGCCUCGUCCACUGCUGCAGCCGCGAAGCACCGAGAGGCCAGCGAAGAACAGCCCAGUGUGAGCCACAAAGAGGAGGAACAGACUCUGAAGGACCCUUCCCCACCUCCUGACAAUCCUGAACCAGCUCCAGAGGGAGGGAAACCAAACAAAACCCAACAGUUAAAGAAAGUAUUCAAAGAGUACGGUGCUGUGGGCGUGUCCUUCCACAUCUGCAUGUCCCUCAUGUCUCUGGGCAUGUUCUACCUCCUUGUGUCCAGUGGAAUCGAUAUGGCCGCUCUGCUCUGCAAAAUGGGCUUCAGUGAGACUGUGGUCAAGUCCAAGAUGGCCGCCGGGACCAGCACCUUUGUUUUGGCCUAUGCUAUUCACAAGCUGUUUGCCCCUGUCCGAAUCAGCAUCACCCUGGUGUCAGUGCCUCUCAUCGUCCGCCAUUUUAGAAAGAUUGGACUGUUUAAAGCUUCUCCCACAGCACCUCAGUAACACUAAAGUUUUAAUGACAUGAAAAGCACAUGCAGAGUUCUAAGGUCUUUUUGUAAUUUAUUAAUUCUCAGCUCUGAGAUUAGCUUUUUUACAUUGUAAUCUAAGCAUAUACUGGGAAACGACAACAAACUGUUCCUUUGGAACUAUAAAGUUCUGCUAACCAGACUUCUGCUAAUCUAAUUAUGCCAGUCAAGGUUUCAAAGACAUUCAACAUAUAAGGUUCAUUCAGCUCAUUUUUUUUGUAAAAAAUACAUAUCAGAAGAUUAAAACCUCUUGAAACUUUGAAAGUAUUGGUUGAUCUGGAUAGUUUUUUGUUUAAUUUAUUUUGUUUAGUUGGAAAUAAUUGUUGUCUCUUAGAAGUGGCUCGUCUUUUAAGAAGAAAAUGAUUUAGUUCAGAAUGAUGUUGUUUAUGUUCAAGCCUUAAUUGAGUAAAAAAAGUCUGUUAAAGAACAUCUCAUUUUGUAUUGACCUCCUGUUUCUAGCAAUAACAAGUAAAUUUGCCUUAAGCCAUGGCAGUUAAAGCCUUCAUAUGUAUUUCCAAUCAGAAUAGUGUUCUAGAGGUCUAGUUCUGACUGGUUGAGGCAGGGUUUGUCUCUUAAAGCUGUGAAAGUUUCCCAUGGGUGUCAGUAGAAAGAGCUGAUUUCUCUCAGUUGUUAGCUGACUAGCCGCGUUGUGCUGCUUUGCGAAUCAGCAGAAUAUUUCAGUGUUUUUCUGUCUCUGCCCUGCUCCCCUCUACCAUUAUCUCUCCACACUCUCACUCUGCUUGCUUUGCCACCCCCUCUGCCUGUUUCUGUUUUUGUACAGGUGCCAUUUUGCCAUUCCUAUGCCGCAUACAAAACCUGGAAAAAAAAUGUGUUGUAUUACCUAACAUAAUUAAUUUAAUUAAAAGGUAUGUUCUCUUUUUUACACUUU